AUGAUGCUCAACGACAUGGCUGAACCUAACUUGAAUGGAGUAUCACCUAUUCCAGACAGUUUGAAAAACAACACCAUACGCAAUGAAAAAUUGUACCAACAAUUCAAUGGCGUGCAUUCAUCACAGUCAUCGAGAAGUUCAUCUCCUUCUGUGAGAUCUGAUCAUAUUCCUGCUUCUCAAUUACCACCGAGUAAGUCGAUUCCACAAUCACAACUACCACCAUCUAGAUCAUCUCUAAUGGGUGUGACACAGCAGAUUGGGGGAUUGAGUAUGCAUCCAACAGGGCACAGUGUGAGUCCUGUACCUCUACAGCAGAAGCCCGCUUCUGCCAAUGUUAAUUAUAGUAAGCCUCAAGGGGAAUCUAAUAUAACAACUAGUGAUAAUACAAAAAGUGCAGUGCCUAUUCUAUCAUCAGAGAUAUCAAAUAGUGUUCGAUCUUCUCAACCACCACAAGCUAGUUCAUACCAGUUUCCUAACGUCAAUAAUAACUCUUCAUAUAGACCACCACAACAGGGAUCUCAAAACCAACCUAUCAGUGGAUAUCAGAUGAAAACACCAUCUCAAGCUUUGCCAGAUAUGUCGGGAUCUGCUAGUAAUCAAUUACCACGACAGAUAAGCACAAAUGGACCUAGUUCUGUACAACCUAUUAGGGCAGGCUUUCAACCAGUCAUGAAUAGAAAUCAGUUCCCUCCAGCAACUAACACAAAUAGUCAAGUUGCAAAUACAGGUCGAAUUCCUCCACCAAUUGAUAACAUGAAUAGGAGCCAAAUCCAAUCAAACAAUACACCUAUGUACCCAAUCCCAAACCAAAGUCUCUACCAGACAUCACAGAUAAGAGGCCCAGUUCCACAGGAGCAGAAUUUCAACACUUUUCCAUUGUCUCAACCAAGAAUGAUGCAUUCAAAUGUAUCAGAACCAACUAUCAAUGUCCCAACUAAAUUUCAAAAUGUGAAUCCCAAUGUUCAGCCUAUCAUGAGACAAGCACCACCUAUUAUCCAACCUAAUGCCCCCUCCCAUAAUUUUCAUCAAAAUCUCCACCCCAAUGCAUUAUCACAGUCUAAUUUAAGACCGUCACCAUCCCUAGUUCAAACUACCCCUACAAAUAACUUUCAACAAGUUCCACUCCCUACGAAUUUGACUAAUCAGAAGGCAAAUUUACAUAGCAACCGGUAUCCUACAGCUGUCGAUACAAAUAAUCAGGUUCCUCCCAUCACUCAAUAUAACACGCCACAACAUUCAUACAAUAAUCUUCAGCAGCCGCCCAUGGGUGCACCACAACAUAAUGCUUAUCCCAACCAAAAUCAUCAAAAUCAGUUCCAGGGUGGAGUUACACAGUUAGGUUUCAAUAAACUUUGGGGAACAGAGAACUACGAUUUGCUACAAACCCCAAAUAUACUACCCAACUCAAGGAUAGAGGCACCCCGAAUAAGUUUAGGACAAGAAGCUUUGGAUCAGGCAAACUGUAGCCCGGAUAUCUUCCGCUGCACUUUAACGAAGAUCCCUGAGAACAAUUCUCUGCUACAGAAGUCUCGAUUACCAUUAGGAGUUCUCAUUCAUCCAUUUAGAGACCUUAGUCACCUUCCUGUCAUCCAGUGUAAUGUAAUUGUGAGAUGUAGAGCAUGCCGUACGUAUAUAAAUCCUUUCGUACUGUUUGUGGAUAACAAGAGGUGGAAAUGCAACUUGUGCUACAGGAUCAACGAGUUACCUGAAGAAUUCCAAUAUGAUCCGGUCACCAAGACAUACGGAGAUCCUUCUAGAAGACCAGAGAUUAAAUCUAGUACUUUGGAAUAUAUAGCACCAGCUGAGUACAUGCUACGUCCACCUCAGCCAGCUGUCUACCUUUACUUAUUGGACGUAUCUCGACUAGCGAUCGAGAGCGGAUACUUACAAAUUGUAACGAAUAUUCUGCUGGAAGAACUUAAGAAUGUACCGGGAGACGCAAGAACCCAUGUUGGCUUCAUCGCAUAUGAUUCUGCUUUGCAUUUUUACUCAUUACCAGAAGGAAUUACACAGCCUCAGGAACUGACUGUCCUGGAUAUAGAGGAAGUAUUCCUUCCCACGCCAGAUAACCUAUUGGUUAACUUGAAAGACAGAAUGGACUUGGUAGCUGAUUUACUAAGGCUUUUACCUAACCGUUUUGUGAACACUUAUGACACAAAUUCAGCAUUAGGUGCUGCUCUACAAGCAGCUUUCAAGAUGAUGGGCUCAACUGGAGGAAGGGUGACCGUUUUCCAAGCCUCUUUGCCAAAUGUUGGACCCGGAGCUUUGAUUGCAAGGGAAGAUCCUUCGCAGAGAGGGACGGCAGAAGUGGCACACUUGAACCCUGCAAAUGACUUUUACAAGCGACUUGCGUUGGAGUGCAGCGGUCAGCAAAUAGCAGUCGAUUUGUUUGUAGUGAAUUCUCAGUAUGUGGAUGUGGCAACAAUUUCGGGCAUUAGUAGAUUCAGCGGAGGUUGCCUGCACCAUUUCCCCUUACUAAAACCUAACAAAGUCGUGCUCUGUGAGAGCUUUUCGAGAUGCUUCAGGAGAUACUUGACCAGAAAAAUUGGGUUCGAAGCAGUGAUGAGAAUAAGGUGUACACGAGGAUUGUCCAUACACACUUUCCACGGGAAUUUCUUUGUAAGAUCGACCGAUUUGCUCUCCCUGCCAAAUAUCAAUCCUGAUGCAGGUUUUGGAAUGCAGGUGGCUAUCGAAGAAAGCUUAUCGGACGUUCAGUCUGUCUCUUUCCAAGCAGCUCUUCUUUAUACUUCCAGUAAGGGUGAACGUAGAAUCAGAGUACAUACAAUGUGUUUACCCAUUGCCUCUACUUUACAUGAUAUUAUCAAUUCUGCUGAUCAACAGUGUAUAGUGGGAUUGCUUUCAAAAAUGGCUGUUGAUAGGUCAAUGCAAUCUAGUCUUUCUGACGCUAGAGAGGCGUUCAUAAAUGUUGCAAUAGAUAUUCUAUCAUGUUAUAAGAUAACAUUGAAUAUGGGAAGUCCAGUUGCUGGUCUUAUGGCGCCAAAUUCCUUGAAAUUGUUGCCACUUUAUAUAUCCGCUCUUUUAAAGCACACUGCAUUUAGGACUGGAAGUUCUAUAAGGUUAGAUGAUCGAGUAAUGUCGAUGGUCAAUAUGAAGACCAAGCCUUUAUAUAUGCAGAUUCAAGACAUUUAUCCUGAUUUGUACCCUAUACAUAAUUUGGAAGAUUAUGAGGUCAUCUUGAAUUCUGAGGAAGAAUCCGUACAUAUUCCACCUCGAUUACAAUUAACGGCAAGGUGUCUCGAGAGUAAAGGAGCGUUUUUGAUGGACAUGGGUGACCACAUGAUACUUUUAGUGUGUCCAAAUGUGAGCCAAGAGUUUUUAAUGGAAGUUUUCGGAAUUAAUAAUUAUAACAACAUUUCUGAUGAUAUGUAUGGAUUACCAAUUCUGGAUAAUCCCAGAAACCAAAGACUUCAUCAAUUCAUUAACUAUUUAAAUGAUGAUAAACCAAUCCAUGCCACAUUGCAAGUGAUUAGGGACAAUAGUACUAAUAGAAUGCUCUUUUUCGAGAGGUUGAUAGAAGAUCGGGUGGAGACUGCACUUUCUUAUCACGAAUUUUUACAACAUCUGAAGACUCAAGUGAAAUAAAGUUGAGUGUACAUUGUUAUCGUUUCUCGAUGAUUUAUCUAUUGAUGCAAAACUAUUGCUAGCAAAUGAAGAAAUAUUGUGAUGUGAUAAGAUAACUGAGAUAAGGAAUUGCUUGUAAUUCAAUCCUUCACAAGUUCAAGCACUUAUCCAAUUUACAAACAGCUGAAUUGUUUCAUAAAGAUAAGAUAAAGGCAGUUGAAUUUAACAAAGCUAGGAAGAUGAUGUCAAGGUCAUUCUACUUAGCUAUCAUAUUCCUUUUAAAUCAGGGUUGGCACGAAUUAAGUCAGUGAAUUAAUUCGUGAAUUAAAUCAAAUUAAAUUUUUUCAAAUAAUUCAUUGAUCAAUUUCUCCAAUGGAAACAAAUCGCAUUAUUACCAUUAAUUUAAACUAGUUUUAACUGAAAUAACCGAUUGAAAUUGACAUCUGACAACCGUGAGGCGCCCACAGGUGGAAAUAGUUAUUUAUUUUACUAGGCAGAGAAGCAUAAGAUUUGAUGAUUUUUUCUCCAAAUUCGUUCCAAUUUCACGCAAAGUCGAAAUAAUCCAUCAUUUUGUAUUCACCCAAUGUCAUUGGCAAUUUUGAUUACCAAUUUGACUCAAAUUAUUGGAACGUUGCAUAACAACAAUGUUAUUCUGCCUAUGCAGUACUUUCUCUGCCUGUUAAGUGGUCAUUUAAAAUCCACUUUCAAUGUCAUUUAGAGAAAAGCUAAAUUUCCUAAGAGCCGCUUUACAGUUUCCAAUUUUUCAUUGCAUGCAAUUGAUUGCUCCUAUUCAUAUUUCUGACAAAAAUAAUAUGUAUUAGCCGAUUCAUCUCUGAAUCGGAAUGACCGGCUUGCAAUCUGUUUUUGUCAUAAUUUCUGUGUACUACACUUACAUAUAUAAAUUGCCGCAGUAUAAAUGGGUCCGGAACAAGUUCUUGCAAUGCAACGAAACAUUGCUGUCCAAAAUUACAGUAAUGAAAUUAGAUUUUUUUCAAGUGAAUUAAUUUAAAAAAAGUCCGAAUUAAUUCUAAAACCCGGACUUUUGUUUACUUUUGUUGUCAUUGCUUAUCCCAACCCUGUUUAAAAUUAUGUUGACUGAAUUGAAUAAGUGUAAUCUCACUAUGAAUAAUUUGUCACAUUAUGUGAAAGAUUCAAUAUAAAAGAAGUUUUUUUGAAUUCUUUGUGAACUGACUAUAAGUGAAUUGGUCUAUUAAACCGCUAUGCCACUAUCCAUUUUCUAGCAUAUUAUUCUGUACAACAAUUAAAAAUUCAACUUCAAACAGGACAUUUCAAUGUCAAUAAGUAGCCGUUUUUGCAAUCUUAUUGAUUCUGGUACAGAAUAUUCUAUAAAAUGCAUAGUGCCAUACAGGCUUCAAAGUUGUUUUUGUUUUGCUUGAAGUUUAGGAAUGUUAUGCAACAAAUUAUAUAAAUAUUGUAUAAUUUAUAUUUAUUUUUGUUUGAUAUUAUUUAUUUCCAUUAUUUUAUCAUGAAAAAUUCAAUGAUACCGAUCGAGUGUGAUGAAAUGGCGAUAGUUUUGCAACUUUUUUCUUUUACUAUGCCAUUACUGAAUAUCGUUUUGUAUGUUGUUGCAGUAGACUUGUAAAAUAGGUAAUAUUUUAAUUAAUUAUAUGGUCCACACUGGUAUAUAUAUAUUUCCCCUUAAUUUUACUUGUGUAUCUAUGAUUUGUCUGAGUCAUGAAAUGUUGAAUAUAAAUUGUAUAUAUUUUCUGGUGUAUUUUUUUAUAAUAUAUCUCAGAAUUUCAGU